AUGUGGAAAAUCCUAUUUUUUUUGGCGUACCCGUGCCAGCAGGUGUUUGCGAAACGGCACGUGCGCGAUGAGGUAGAAAAUAAAAACUCCGAUCGAAAUCCUUUCGAAAUCCGCCGACCGCCACAUAUCGUACGCGUAUGUCGUCCGGUGUAUCCGAUCGGCGGAGAUUCGCCGCCGCUGUUUCGAUUACCGUCGAGCGGCGUCCGAUCGGCAACGAUCGCAGUGGGAAUAUGGACCAUCGCCGCGCCGGUCGUAAAUUAUUCGUCGCAAUGCUGUUUAUACCCGAAAACUAUAUAA